UCAGUCGGCGAACGCUGGGGGCCGCACUUCCGCCUUGGUGUCAGCGGGUCUGGGCCCGGGGCUGUUGCGGGACCAGCUUGUGAACUCCUUGAGGGUAUGGUCUGUCUUCCUGCAACACUUACGGGCCAGAACUUGAAAACUGCAUGCCUAGAAGCACAUGGUUUUGUGUGUGCCUGUGUCAGUCUUGCAGCUCCACCAAUGAAUAUCUGCAAAUAAAACAAAUACCUGGCCUUGGCAAAUUCUGCAAAGUAUUUCAAUAUAUUUCACUGUGUACAAGCAUUUCAUUUGAUCACCUGUUAUAAAUACUCCAGUAGGAGAUAAACAGUAAUUUCGUCUCAAGCUUGCAACUGAGGGAUACUUCAGGCUUUCAACAUUGUUAAUACACAAGACUGCUUUUUAAAAUCAUCUAAAGUGACUUGGUAUUUAUGAAGGAAGAUUCCAUUCCACAAAAAUGUUUAAUCUUUAAAUUCAGCAAAAUGAUGCAUUAGAGGAAGCCAAGUUGGCGGUUCAAAGAUUUCAUACUGAAGGAUGAAUAGUGAAGAGGAGUUCUUUGAUGCCGUUACGGGAUGGGGAAGAAGAGAACUAUGAAAAACAGAAUCACUGGCUUCGAGUCCGACAAUUCUUCAGGAGACUUUUCAGAAACAAAUCAUAAAGUUGCAGAAAUGCUUGAUCUGGAUCCACCCCAAAGCAAUAGGACUGGAAAACAUAAUGGAGAGAGGCAGCUUCAUGAGAAUGGAAUUAAGAAACACAGAACAUCAUUACCUGCACCGAUGUUUUCUAGGAGUGAUUUCAGUGUGUGGAGUAUAUUAAAAAAAUGCAUUGGACUGGAGCUGUCUAAAAUUACAAUGCCUAUUGUCUUCAAUGAGCCACUGAGCUUCCUCCAGCGGCUAACCGAAUACAUGGAACACAUAUACCUCAUUCAUAAAGCUAGCAGUCAUGCGAACCCCCUGGAAAGAAUGCAGGCUGUAGCUGCUUUUGCAGUUUCUGCAGUAGCUUCGCAGUGGGAGAGAACUGGCAAACCAUUUAACCCUCUACUAGGAGAAACGUAUGAAUUAAUCAGGGAGGAUUUAGGAUUUAGGUUGAUAUCUGAACAGGUCAGUCACCACCCACCUGUUAGUGCAUUUUAUUCUGAAGGCCUCAAUAAGGACUUUGUUUUUCAUGGAUCAAUCUACCCCAAAUUAAAGUUCUGGGGGAAGAGUGUAGAAGCAGAGCCCCGUGGAACAAUUACUUUGGAGCUUCUAAAACAUAAUGAAGCUUACACGUGGACAAACCCAACCUGUUGUGUACAUAACAUAAUUAUAGGUAAACUGUGGAUAGAACAGUAUGGAACAAUAGAAAUUGUAAAUCACAGUACUGGAGAUAAAUGUAUCCUUAAUUUUAAACCAUGUGGACUGUUUGGGAAAGAGCUUCACAGAGUAGAGGGUCACGUUCAGGACAAAAACAAGAAGAAGCUCUCUGUGAUCUAUGGCAAAUGGACAGAAUGCUUAUGGUGUAUCAAUCCUGCCACAUAUGAUGCUUCUAAAAAGAAUGAAAAGAGAGGUGGUGACCAGAAGAAAUUGAAGCCGAGCGAAGAUGCUGGGAAUGAUGAGGCCGAUGAUAUGCCAGAGAUCCAAGAGACUGUGCAAGUCAUACCAGGCAGUAAGCUGCUUUGGAGGAUAAAUUCUAGACCACCAAACUCAUCACAGAUGUACAAUUUCACCAGUUUUGCUGUGAGUCUCAAUGAGCUGGAAACUGGCAUGGAAGCAGUUUUAGCUCCCACUGAUUGUCGUCUACGUCCAGAUAUCAGAGGCAUGGAAAAUGGAGAGCUGGACCUGGCUAGCAAAGAAAAAGAGAGACUAGAAGAGAAACAAAGAGCCGCUCGUAAAGAACGUGCAAAAGAUGAAGUGGAAUGGAGGACAAGAUGGUUUCAUCAAGGCAAUAACCCAUACACUGGAACCUCAGACUGGUUAUAUUCAGGCGGAUACUUUGAUAGAAAUUUCUCAGACUGUCCAGAUAUAUAUUGAAAUCUCUGAACCCAUCACUCCAUCUCAUCUGGACAUCUAGUUGUUAAAUUUCAAUCUAUGCCAGUUAUUCUGGUUUUGUUAAUAGCAAAAAACAGCUUUUCUAAAGUAAAUUUUAAUGAAAAUUGUAUCAUUCACCAAUCAAGGAUUUGUCACUAAUUUUGAUGGCCAGAUAUUUAAAUGCUGUUACAUUCUUUCCAUAAAGCUUUCAUCUGAAAUCAUCAUGUUUUCACUAAGUUUUAAAAGGGACGUCAGUUGUCUUUGUUUCUCAUCCAAAGGUAUGCUGUAGCCAAUAGAGUUUACAGCACCCUUUUAAUUAUAUAACUGAGAAAAAAUAGCAGUGAUAUCCUUGUUACUUCACUUAGUACAGCAUUAAAGAAUCUAACUAUCCAGAACUUGGAACAAUGGUAAAUUAGUACGGUACAAACAUGAUCAAAUCGGGCAGAGUCAGCAUUCCCUGUGAAGAGAUGUAUGUGACGUUUUCAAACGGUAAGCAGAGCUGAAGAGAUUGGAGCUCCGGGUCUGUCUCAGUACAAUUCAGUAAUUCAAAGGCUUGAAAAAAAACACAAAACACAGAAUGUUAGGCUUACUGCAGUUUGAAAAACUGCUACUCUGAAUUGUCUCUGUCUUUGGGCACUGUGAGCAUUACUUAAACUAUAUACCUAUGAUAACAAUUACAUAAAACCUUGUGUGUUGGGGGAUGGGAAGGGUUUAUUAACAAACAUCUGCUUUUCUAAAGUAAAAUGUUACUCUUAAUAUACAGAAAGCUUCAGAGAGAUUUGUAGAAACAUAGAAGUUGUGGUUCCAGCGUAAGAUAAAGAUAUUGGAUAUUGCUUGCUACCACUAGGAGGCUUGGGACUCCAGCACUACUUUAAGCAGCUUAGGCACUAUUUAUGCUUCUAGACUGACUUUUCUUUGGAAGCACUCAGUAUAUAUCCACAGAUGGUCUUAUUUGUUUUUAGUUUUAUUUUGUUUUUUGUGCAUGUUCUGAAGCAUUACUGGUAACAUCUGGUUGUAUGUUGUUUUAAAAAAAAAAAAAAAAAAAAACCCAAUCCAUUUAAAGCUAAGUGGCGUAACUAAAGUUAUUUUAAAACUGGUAUUCGGUAUAAUCUCUGUAACCACUUGCAGUCAGAAAAUAGAUUUAUUUUUGUUGGCAUCGAAAUGUUGGAAUGAUUUGCACUACAAAUCAGUUGACGAUAUCUAUAAAUGUAUGGAGUUAAUUGUCAAAGUGGUACAUUUCUGAGAAUGGGAGGGGGCUUAAACAAUUAGGUUUAGAAAUUAAACCAGUUUUAAUAGUUGCUCAUUCUUUUAUGAAAGCUCUCAAUUUAGUAACCAAUAGAAACUGGCUAUGUUGCUGAUAAGUUUACAGUCAUUCAGAGAUUGCUGAUAUUAAACACCAGCAUUUCUUUGAGUAUUCAUGAAAAUCAGUGUGAUUUCCAAAUGCAUUUGAGGAUGUGUACUUGUGACGUCAUCCACAGACUAGGUUUUGAAGUGCAUUUACCAGCUAGAAGAAAAAUGAAAAAUAAACAAAAUCCAAGAGAAACCUAUUUCUUUUAUGUGAAAUUAGGCACCCAAAGAUGGGAGAUAUUUGAUAUUUGUUACAUUUUGUUCAUUUUUCCAGUGAAGAAGGUAAGCUGUGAAGGUUCAAGGCAAUUAAGGCACAACUCUGAAAUAAAUUCAUAUCACUGUAUCCUGUUGUCAGCAAUCAACUUUGUUGACCUUGAAGUCUUUUGGACAUGCAGGCUAGUCUUGAUGAUCUUGUUUAUAUUGGUGUGCUAGAGAAAAAAAUAUUCACUCCUGAUUUAAGUACAUUGGCAAUUCUGAUUUUUAUAAGGCAUAACUAAUGCAUAUGGACAACUUCAACUACUUCCGAUCAGCUCUUUUGUAAAAUUAAACCUAAAAGAUUAAUAUUUCACAUACUUUAAGCCCCUUCAAUUUUCUUGCAAGUAGAUGUUAACAUAAGGAGCACUGUACUCAGCUAUCAGUGAAGGGAUUCAAGUUUUAAGCCAUUUUUG